AUGGGAGGAAGAGCCAGACAUGGCACGCGCUGCUGUGCUAUGGGGAAGCGGGAAACGAGUUUCCUGAUUGAGCGCAGCCUGCAUGCGAGAAGCAAAGGGGGUUUACUGUCUUCAGGUCCGCGAUCUCGGACUUUUAGACAGUCGCGAGGAGGAUACCCCGGACAGGGAUGUUACUCGAUUGUGAUUCCAAUAUAUCAACAUAUCUGCGAUUCGGCUGAAUGGGGAAGUGCGCCCGCAAUGGGCAUUGGACUUCACUCAUGA